AUAAAAAGAAGAGAUGUCACGACUCUAACCUUCAAACUCUGUUUUGUUGUGGUUCUUCGAAAAGUGAGGUUAAUAAAUUUAAAAUUUGUUUUCCUUACUUCCUUCGCUUUUUCCUCGAAGCCCCGUAGUAUGGUUAGGGGGCGAGAUAGAAGUCGAACUCCCGAAAGGAAAAGGAGACGGUCUAGGUCAAGGAGUAAGGACAGGUCCAAACUUACAAGAUACAGAAGAAGCAGGUCUAGGGAAGUCAGACGUAGAAGUAGGUCUCGUUCAAAAGAUAGACGAGAUAGAGAACGGAGAUCACUAAGUAGGGAAAGAGACCAUGGAAGAGAACGAAGAAGAGGUGACAGCAAAGAGAGAAGGACUGGAAAUAGCAAGUCUGGUAACAGCAGAAAAAGGUCUAGAUCAAAGUCAAAGGAGAGAUCAAAGACAGAUGAUUCAGGACUAUCUUUUGAUCCAGCCAAUUUAGAUAAGGAAGAGGAACAAAAGAAAUUAGAAUUGGAAAUGGUGAAACGUAGGGAAAGGAUAGAGAGAUGGAGAGCUGAGCGUAAGAAAAAAGAACAAGAAGCCACUAAAAAAGAGGCACAGAAAGGAACUUUAGUUCAAAAUCUGACAAUACCACAGGGCUCUUUCAAAAAAUGGUCUCUAGAAGAUGAUUCUGAAGAUGAGGAUAAAAAUGAUAAGGCAGAAAAAGAGAGUGAAAAAGAAGAUACAGAGAAGGUAAAGGAAGUAGAACCUGUGAUUAUCCCUGAGCCUGAACCUGAGCCUCAGAAGCCUGUUCCAGAAAUAAAAGAAAUUGUGGAAGAUGAAGUUGAUCCAUUGGAUGAAUUUAUGAGAGGUGUACAGGCAGAAGUCCGUAAAAUAAAUAAUGUGAAAAAAACAACUGGAGAAAACAAUAACAAAAAAGGCAACCUUGUAAUUGUGACUGGUGUUGCUAAACCUACCAACAAUACAAAUAAGGGAGAGCUCAUAGAACAAAAUCAAGAUGGUCUUGAGUAUUCAUCAGAAGAAGAACAAGAGGACCUCAAGGAUACUGCUGCAAGUAUUGCCAACAAACAGAAAAAAGAAUUGGCGAAAAUUGACCAUAACAAUAUUACUUAUAUAAGAUUUAGGAAAAACUUUUAUGUUGAAGUUCCUGAAAUUGCCAAAAUGACUAAUGAAGAAGUUGAUGUCUAUAAGGAAGAAUUGGAAGGAAUUAGAGUUAAAGGCAAAGGCUGUCCAAGACCCAUUAAAACUUGGGCUCAAUGUGGUGUUUCAACAAAAGAACUUAGCAUUUUGAAGAAGUUGAGUUUUGAGAAACCCACUCCAAUUCAGGCUCAAGCUAUUCCUGCCAUCAUGUCAGGAAGAGAUCUCAUUGGUAUCGCGAAAACGGGCAGUGGCAAAACAUUGGCUUUCCUUCUGCCGAUGUUCCGGCACAUACUCGAUCAACCUCCUCUAGAAGAUACGGACGGUCCCAUAUCGAUAAUAAUGACUCCGACGAGGGAGUUGUGUAUGCAGAUCGGCAAAGACAUAAAAAAGUUCACCAAAAGCUUAGCGAUACACGCUGUGUGCGUGUAUGGAGGCACUGGCAUUUCUGAACAAAUUGCCGAAUUGAAAAGGGGCGCCGAGAUAAUCGUGUGCACGCCGGGCAGGAUGAUCGACAUGCUGGCGGCGAACAGUGGCAAAGUGACGAACCUGCGGCGCGUCACCUAUAUAGUGCUGGACGAGGCCGACAGGAUGUUCGACAUGGGCUUCGAGCCGCAGGUCAUGCGCAUCAUCGACAACGUGCGACCCGAUAGGCAGACGGUAAUGUUCAGCGCGACGUUCCCGCGGCAAAUGGAGGCGCUGGCAAGGCGGAUAUUGCAGAAGCCCAUCGAGGUGCAAGUAGGCGGCAGGUCGGUGGUGUGCAAAGAAGUCGAACAGCACGUGAUCGUGAUUGAAGAAGACCAAAAGUUCCUCAAACUGCUCGAACUCCUCGGGCUCUACCAAGAGCAGGGCAGUAUCAUCGUGUUCGUGGACAAGCAGGAGAACGCAGACGUGCUGCUCAAGGAGCUGAUGCGUGCAGCCUACAGCUGCAUGAGCCUGCACGGCGGCAUCGAUCAGUUCGAUAGGGAUUCGACGAUGAUCGACUUCAAGAGCGGGAAGGUGAAGCUGCUGAUAGCGACUUCGGUGGCAGCGAGGGGGCUAGACGUUAAACAGCUGAUACUGGUGGUGAACUACGAUUGCCCCAACCACUACGAGGACUACGUGCACCGAUGCGGCCGCACAGGCAGGGCGGGCAACAAGGGCUUCGCCUACACCUUCGUCACCCCCGAUCAGGCGAGGUACGCCGGCGACCUCAUAAAGGCCUUCGAGCUGGCAACAGUGGCGGUGCCGGAGCCGCUCAGGGCUCUGUGGGAGACCUACAAAAACAAGCAGGAAUCGGAAGGCAAGAAGGUGCACACAGGCGGCGGCUUCAGCGGCAAGGGCUUCAAGUUCGACGAGUCGGAGGCGGCGGCCGUCAACGAGAAGAAGAAGUUCCAGAAGGCGGCGCUGGGUCUGGCAGACAGCGACGACGAGGAUCUCGAGCACGACAUCGACCAGCAGAUCGAGAGCAUGUUCGCGACCAAGCGGACGGUGAAGGAGAUCAAGGCGCCGCUGGGUCUGAUAAACCCCGCUGCUCUGGGCACCUCCACCACCGCAGUAGACAAACUCGAACUGGCCAAACGGCUCGCCUCCAAGAUCAACUUCACCAAAACCGCUGCUCUGGACACGAAAUUCGCCACGCAACAGGCGGCCGAGAACAUCCUCAAGGGCAGCGGUUCGCAGCCGCCCAUCACGGCCAAGACGGUGGCCGAGCAGCUGGCGGCGAAGCUGAACACGAAGCUGAACUACCAGCCGAAGGAGGAGGACGAGCGUGGGGAGGAGGAUAGCGAGCAGACGUUCAGGAAGUACGAGGAGGAGCUGGAGAUCAACGAUUUCCCGCAGCAGGCCAGGUGGCGGGUCACAUCGAAGGAAGCCCUGGCCCAGAUCUCUGAGUACUCAGAGGCUGGUAUCACCGUCAGGGGCACAUACGUGCCUACGGGCAAAGCACCGCCAGAGGGCGAGCGGAAGCUGUAUUUGGCCAUCGAGAGCACCUCCGACAUGGCUGUGUCCAAGGCCAAGGCCGAGAUCACGAGGCUGAUCAAGGAGGAGCUGCUCAAGUUGCAGACGUCAGGGCAUCACACCUUCAACAAAGCGAGAUAUAAAGUUGUGUAGAAGUGUCGGUGUUUCUUUAGCUUUUAUAAUUAUUGUGGUUCAGUUGUGUAACAUAAUGUGUCAGUCAAUGUUUCGGAAAUAAAGAGCCAUGAAAUAUUUUUUCUACACAAUUUUCACCAG